UGUCUCGUUGUGGCAGUCCAGCGGAUUGCGGGGUUGCAUUAGCCAAAGCCGGAGGAUCCCAGAAGGCGAAGGGUGCUGCUGCGGAGCGACCCUUAUCCGGAGCAAACCGUGGCAACCAAUCACACCUCAUCUCCUCCGUCUCGCUGUUCUCUCCCAUCAUCCCAGCACCCUAGCGCUCCAUACUUGUAAGCGUGCCUUCGCUAGCUCUCCAGCAUCCGCCAACGCCCAUCUACGAAGCUGUGUUGACGCGCUGUGCAACAUCUUUCUAUUCAACUCGUCGACAUGGCAAUGACUGCUACUUCAAUGGCCAUGCCUGCCGUUGCCGGUCUAGGAAGCUCUUCCAUCUUGGCUAGGAGAUCCCCGAAGUUGCAGCUGACCUCAGCGUUCGUCGGUGGAGCCAUCAAAGUGAACAAGCCCCUCUGCAUGUCUCGCGUCACCUGCUUCAACAGGGACUGGUUGAGGAAGGACCUCUCCGUCAUUGGCUUCGGUCUCAUUGGUUGGUUGGCACCAUCCAGCUUGCCAGUCAUCAACGGCAACAGCUUGACAGGCCUCUUCUUGGGCAGCAUCGGACCCGAGCUGGCUCACUUCCCUACCGGCCCAGCCCUAACAUCCCCAUUCUGGUUGUGGAUGAUCACAUGGCACGUGGGAUUGUUCAUUGUGUUGACCCUUGGUCAGAUCGGGUUCAAGGGCCGCCAGGAUGGCUACUGGAACUAAGCGUGCGGUGAUGCCCUGAUGAUUGCGUUGCAGUCGUAGUGCUGAUGAGGCAGAUUAGAAUCGCUGUACUUUAAAAAGUUGUAAACAAGAAAAUUUAUAGCACCACCAAUGUUCAUCUUGAUGUUUUUAAAACCAGUCGAACGUCGAUGACUGUGCCAUGAA